GGAGCAUAAGUACAGACAUGAAUCCAUGUUGUGUGGUCUUGCAAAACUACACACAACCCUACAACUUCUCAGACAAGGCGUGGGUGAAAAAGAGUUCACUGAGUGGAGGGAGAUAUGUAUUUUUGUGAUUUUGUGCAUCAGAAGCAUUGAAGUACCGGUUGGCCCGGUUGGGUUACAAAAUCUGAACUAAAUCUCUCUGUGACAUAACGAAGCAUCAGGCAAUGGACCCAAACACACCUGCAGACUUCUUCCAAGGAUCUUCCAAGUUUCAUACAUAUUACUCACAUAGCAAGAAGGGUGGUGGGUUAAUCGAUCUAGGUCUCAGCCUUAGGACCAUACAACAUGAAACUUGCCUCCCAUCAUCCGGGCAGAUGAUAGGUCUUGACGGGUAUGAAGAUCUCAUAGAAUGGUCGCAGCCCAGAUAUAACUGCAAUACCCAGCUGAAGAGUGAGGAUACUGGAAACCAAAGACUUGCUCAGGGAUAUUACAAUAAUGAAAAAGAGAGCAGAGGAACAUUGACUUAUGUAAAGGUAAAUCUAGAUGGCCUAGUGGUGGGCCGCAAGGUUUGCCUUCUUAGUCAAGGAAAUUACUCAACUCUUGCUCUUCAGCUUGACGAUAUGUUUGGGAUGCAGACCGUGUCAGGACUGAGGCUCUUCCAGACUGAGUCUGAGUUCUCUUUGGUCUACAGAGACAUCGAAGGUAUCUGGAGGAAUGUUGGGGACGUUCCAUGGAAGGAGUUUGUCGAAAGCGUGGAUCGGAUGAGAAUUGCAAGAAGAAACCAUGUUCUUCCUCCCUUUUAAGCUUUUAAGUCGAAGCUUCUCUCUUCCAGGGCGUUCACUGUUUAUCUAAGAUUCAAAUUAGCUCAGUUGUGGUUCUAAUAUUUAACAUAUGAUGUACCGGAAACUUUAAGCUAUAAAAACGAUUAUGAA